CAGAUGGAAAAUAGGAUUGGGCUGACACUUAACCUUGAUGCACUCCACUACUUCAAAAAGAAGAUAAGAUAAUAGUCAGUGCUGGCAACUUGUCAACGAUGUUUUAAGUCGUUGAGGGGCCCUUUGAAGAGGGAUCUGGUAUUGUCUGAUAAGUAUUUUCUUGUUUGUUCGUAAGUCAUAAGUACAGGGGGUCCUCGGUUUCCGAUGGUCCUGACAUACCCGACUUCGAGGUUACAAACAAUAGCAAUAUACUAUACGGGUUUUGUGCAGCGGCAUAACAAUAUGCACGUGAACAUUGCACAAGAGUGCACACUCAGUUUCUUACAGUUCAUGUUUUUCAUUUGUUCAAAUAUAAUAUUCAAAUAUUUACUGAAAUCAUGACUACGUACAUAUUUAGUUUUUGUUUUUUCCACCGCCAUAAAAAUUUCGAAUCUUUAUUUAUUAGUAUCUGAGUAGGGUUGUCAAGGGACUCACUUUGUUCCCAUAAUUUGCAUGGCUAAGACAAAACAGUGAUGAAAGUUGUUCUACUCCAUUGUUAGGUUACAUUCUUAACUUCAAGUUAUUUCCUUGUUGCGGGGCGUCGUCUGUCUGCACAUUCAACAUUCCAACAUUGUCGACCUAAUGUACGUAAAUAAAGUUGGUUGUCGUCGUCCUCAGCAUUAAGCACUUCACGACUGCAAAGAUGGCAUUUGCCCUUCGCUUGUUGUUCCUCCUUUGUGGGAUUAGUGGACUCGUGACUGGAGCUUGGUCUAUUUCUAUGGUUCAUUGGAAAGUCAAUAACUGUCCUUAUGGCUGGACUGAGUUGAACUGUAACUGUUACAUCUACCAACGUGAAGUAAGGACCUUCUCAGAUGCAGAGUCCGUCUGCAACAUUCUUGGUGGUAAUUUGGUCUCCCUCCACGAUGCGCUGGAAAACGCAUUUGUUCUUGAACUGGCUCGAGCGGGUGAUAAUAAUGACGUAUUCUGGAUUGGAUACAGUGAUCAAGUUCAGGCUGAUACCUUCAUUUGGACUGAUGGGUCACUCUUGGAUUUCACAAACUAUGAUCCUAAUGCUAAUCCUGCAGAGCCUAAUCCCGCUACUGGUAAUUGUAUCGAGCUUAAUGAGGCUGACGGAUUUUGGCGAACAGCGGCCUGCACAAUCGAGAAACCAUAUGUUUGCAUCAGAGAAGUGUACUGUAACAUCUGAUAAUCGAUCCUCUUACCAUCCCUAUCUUCUGUCACAGUGGAGUUGAUGAUGACUCAGUGAGAAGAUAUUUGCAUUCCUAGAUUUACUUUCAUCUCUUCUUUUCUCCUUGCAAAUGCUUAAUUAUUAUUGACAACAAAUUUGGAAUGUCAAAAAGCAUCUCUCUGGUAAAUGAAGGAAUCUGUCUGCAUCAAAA